GUGGCGGCCCUGGGUUUGUUUGGGUUGUGGGCGGUGCGUGCACAGCCCGGGAAAAGUGGGAAAUGGCGGCGCCGAGCGCGGGGUCCCCUCCCGCCCUGCAGCAAAAGGGGCUAAUGGCUGCUGACCGGAGGCGCAGGAUAUCAGUGGUUUAUGGUAUGCAUCCUGACCAUCAGGAGACUCUGAAAAAGAACCGAGUGGUGCUAGCCAAACAGCUGUUGCUGAGUGAACUAUUGGAACAUCUCCUGGAGAAGGACAUCAUCACUCUGGAAAUGAGGGAGCUCAUCCAGGCCAAAGUGGGCAGUUUCAGCCAGAAUGUGGAACUCCUCAACUUGCUGCCCAAGAGGGGACCCCAGGCUUUUGAUGCUUUCUGUGCAGCACUGAGGGAGACCAAGCAGGGGCACCUGGAGGAUCUAUUACUCACCACUCUCUCUGGUCUUCAGCAUGUACUCCCAUCGUUGAGCUGUGACUACGACAUGAAUCUCCCUUUCCCAGUAUGUGAGUCCUGUACCCCUCACAAGCAGCUCCGCCUGUCAUCAGACACUAUGGAACACUCCCUAGAUAAUGGAGAUGGUCCUCCUUGCCUUCAGGUGAAGCCUUGCACUCCUGAGUUUUAUCAAACACACUGCCAGUUGGCCUACAGGUUGCAGUCUCGGCCUCGUGGCCUGGCAUUGGUGCUGAGUAAUGUGCUCUUCACUGGAGAGAAAGAACUGGAAUUUCGCUCUGGAGGGGAUGUGGACCACAGUACUCUAGUCACCCUCUUCAAACAUUUGGGCUACAGUGUCCAUGUCCUGCAUGACCAGACUGCACAGGAAAUGCAAGAGAAACUCCAGAAUUUUGCACAGUUACCUGCACACCGUGUCACAGACUCCUGCAUAGUGGCACUCCUUUCACAUGGUGUGGAGGGCAGCAUCUAUGGUGUGGAUGGCAAACUGCUGCAGCUCCAAGAGGUUUUUCGGCUCUUUGACAACGCUAACUGUCCAAGCCUACAGAACAAGCCGAAAAUGUUCUUCAUCCAGGCCUGCCGUGGAGACGAGACUGAUCGCGGUGUUGACCAGCAGGAUGGAAAGAAGCCCGGGUGUGAGGAGAGUGAUGCUGGGAAGGAGGAGAUGCUGAAGAUGAGACUGCCCACUCGCUCUGACAUGAUUUGUGGCUAUGCCUGCCUCAAAGGCACUGCUGCCAUGCGGAAUACCAAACGGGGUUCCUGGUAUAUUGAGGCACUCGCUCAGGUGUUCUCUGAGAGGGCUUGUGACAUGCAUGUGGCCGACAUGCUGGUUAAGGUAAAUGCCCUCAUCAAGGAGCGUGAAGGCUACGCCCCUGGCACAGAGUUCCACCGAUGCAAGGAGAUGUCUGAGUACUGCAGCACUCUGUGCCGUCACCUCUACCUGUUCCCAGGAUACCCUCCCACGUGAUGCCACCUCCCCAUCGUCCAUGCUGUUGGCGGCCACUGGACCACCAGAGGCACGAUAGAGCCUUUUUUCUUCCAGAUGCAGUUUCUGUUCUGCCCCCUCAGGGAUAUGGGGACCCCCCAGGCUUGUUUCCAGUGCCCAUCAUCUCCGCCUUUGUGUGUGGGACUCCAGGCCAGCUCCUCUUGUGUGAAGCUCUCCCUGUGGAGCCGGCUCUGGCUGAACUUGUUGCCAGGAAUGUUUUGGCURCAAUCAAAGAGCCUGGCAGGCAGUGCUAUGAACAGUACCAUUGUGGGGGAGGGCAUGCAGGUUUCUUAGUGUUUGUUACUUCGGCCCCCAGGGCUUCUGUGGGGCACUUUGGUCGUCACUCUUAUUACAGUAGUAAUGAUGUCUCAGAGAUGGUCUCAUAUCUGUUCUGUGUUCCAUUUCCCAACACCGUUUGUCCCAGAGAGAGUUUGGAGGGUGUCCUAAGUUAACAUAGGCAUUUUCAUUUGGCUUUGAAAAGGUAGAUGUGACUGAAAGACACACCCUCUACUGUGAGCAGAAGUGCCUGUACAUUCCCUUCAGGACCGCGGGUCCCUGUGGACAGCAGUCUUCUCACUUCGCCCUUUGGGCUGCAGGAAGCCAGCCUUUCAUCAGCAGUUGGGUCUGCAUGCUUUGCUCCUGGGAGUGUUAAAGAACUUCCUUGGGCCUUCUUUCCCCGAGCGGUUACUGAAGUGAGUGUGUGGGGAGAGUGGGCAAAAGGCCAGGAGGGUGGUGUUCUCCUCACACUGACCUGCCAUGUGUCUGCUUUCUCUCUCCUCCGAGAUGUCCCUUCCUCUCCCAUAGUCUUCUCGUGUCCGAGCAGUCAAAGGGAACCUCACAUCUGGAUUUCUGGAAUAGCUUCCCACUGUUGUCUGCCUCCUUCAUGUCUCUUCCUUUCACUGCGUUUCCUUCUGUUCAGUUCUGCCAUGUCAGUGGGUGGUGCCCUUUUACUGGGUCCUUUGGCUCCUGCACUCUGCUUCUUUGUCAGACUUGUUUCGAUUUUAUGUGGUCUUCUCUCCCCUCCCAUUCUAUUUCAGUGAGGAUAUUACCACACACAUUAUUAUUCUUUCAAACCUAGAAACUUUAUUUCUGCUUCUAUGAAACCUUCCUGUUCUUAAGGCAUUCUUUUCCAUUUCCAUUUUACCCCCUCCAGUCUAUUCUUCACAUAACAGAAUGGUUUGGGGUUUUUUGUUUGUUCAUUAUGUUUUGGGGGACAUUAUUUUAGUUUUUAGUUUCUUGGUAU